AAGAAGAGGUUGCCCGUUGUCCAGAUGGUUCGGGGAUGCCUCAUAAGGUCGACAGGUGGCUGUUGGUCCAAUAUGGCAUUCUUGGUUUCGUAGCUCUGGCUCCUUGGAAUUUCGUCUUAACAGCUUUGUCAUUCCUAGAUUCUAAAUUCCACAAUAAUUUUGCUUCCAGCGUGCCCAUCAUUUACUCGGGGUCAGUUAAUGUAGCUCAUCUUAUCCUGAUCUGGGUGGGCAAUAAGUUUACCUUUUUACCCCGCUUUGAUCUGGGCUGCGUUAUGUUGUCGAUCGCAAUCGUUCUUCUCGGU